UAUAAAUAGUCCAAUCCGGCUUAAGCUUAUUUUCGUUUACUCGAUGUGCCGCGAUUUUUGUGUUUGAUAAGGAUGGUGUAUAUGUAUGUGUGAGUGUGUGUGAGUGUUGGUGUUUGCAGGAACUGUCAUAAUGAACUGCACUACCAAGCUUGGAGCCACAUCUCAGCUGCGUUGCAUUCCUCUAAGAGAUGCCGACAACUUAAACUUCUUUCGAGUCAAUUUUAAGUCUCAUUUGGGAGUAGAAUCGACGGAAAUGGUGUGUACACGGACUGGUGAAUGGAGCUGCAACAAAGAUCUUGGAUUUCUUGUCACUCAUUCAAAGUAUCAUGAAAUCACACUGCCUGCAAGUUAUCAAGGAAAAUCAGGAAACUUCACAUGCGAAACACAGUCAGUAGAAUCAGAUGCACACCCGUGUCAGUGGCCUCCUCCAGGAGCGGAAUUUCCUAUGGAGGCUACCAUGUCCAGCAACAACCCAGGCAAUUCAGAAAUUUUCGAAAAUUCCUCAGAACUCGACAAUGAACUUUCAAGAAAUAGCUCUUUGACUGAAGGAGGUUCAAACGAUAACAACAAUAAAGAUAAUGCAGCAAUUAUCAUCGCCUGUGUAUGUAUUUUGUUCUUCAUCGGCAUUUUUAUCUUCGUAUGUGUCUUCAUAAUGAAAAGAAGAAAAAGCAAGAAGAGAAAAGGUUUUAAACCUGCAGGACAAAAUGAAUUGGUUGAUUCUCAUUAUAAAGCAGAAGAAUACGAGACCACAGAUCAGCCUUUGUUGCAUAAUGAUCCAGCAAACCCACAGGCCAGUAACAAAGAGGUAGAGUCAGAAUUUUCAACAGUACAGGAGUUGGAUCCCAUACAACGUACUCUCGAUGAAAGGCCCAAGCCACGCACGUCAUAUGAGGAUCCCAGAGACAACAUAGAUCGCCGUGUUCCCAAGAGGAAAACUAACCCCGAAAGUAUGGAUGUGUCAGAGGGUAUAGCAUGCAUUUUUCCUCCACGUCCUUGUCUUAAGUCAGUAGCUUGGUCCGUGCCAUCGACUGGAUCAUGUUAUAUUGCUUUUUUGACACUGACCAAGGAGCAGUCAAAUUUGAUUCAACGAGAUGCACCAAGACUCUUUCUGCUAGGACCACCUGGCACAGGUAAAAGCGUGGUACUUCUCUCGAGAUGCUUGAAAUGGCUGAAACUCGGUCAUGAAAUCCACAUUGUGAGCACUGGAAGAUGGAGUCGUGCUGCGUGCAGCAUGCUUUACCACUUGCUUCUGCAGAUGACAAAGUGGAAGCUGGGGGAAUUGAUAAAACCAGAUAAAAUUUAUCCACACCAGUAUGAUUUCCAGAACAAGGAAGAAGUAAAGAAGGCCUUGGGCGACAUGUCACAGAAGGCUAAAGAAGGAUUCUUGUACAUUAUAGCUGAUGAAGUGGGGCCCGCAGAAAGCUCAAACUUCAAGAUAUUCUGCGACAAGCUUUUGUCAGAAGUCGGUGGGCUUCACCUGUGGGCGGCAACCUUCUUUACCAAAAGCAUUCACAACAAAUGGGACAAGACAAGGCUAACUACACCAUUACGUUCUCCACAGGUUGUUGUAAAGGAAGUCGUGAAGCAGACUCUUCAAACUCUCAUACCCUACAGUGAGCCUCUUGGAAUCGACAAAACAGACGGCCCACAAAUCAGAGAAAUCAAUCACCGAAGCCAUUCAGAGAGAACAAUACAGAACUGCAUUCAAUGUGGUCAAGAGAUAGGCAGUGUCCUACAUGAUCUCAAUGGUUUUGAUUCGGAUGAUAUUGCGUGUUCAUCACCGAACAGCCUUUUUGCCAGCAACGGUACCACUCUAAAUAGGCCUCAGUGGAGAGAGAUGCUCGUGCUGCAUUCAGACACAGUUGAAGAUGAAGAUGGUAUUGUACGUGGACUUAAAGAACAUGUUCCACUGCGCGUGAUGACAGAUGAUGACAUCGAUGAUGUGGCUACUGCACAAACUGAUGUAGUGUGGGUAGCCAAUGGAGACCUUGUUCGGGGUCUGGAGAGACAAGUAAUCGUAUGCUUGGGUGUUAAUGACAAUACCCGGCUUCGCUGCAUGUCUCGGUGCACGUCACAGCUUGUGACAAUUAUCAGCUAACUAACUCUUUUCUUGAGAGUUCAAGACCCUUUUGUUCCGAUCCUACAGCUACUAACAAUGUGCAGAGAGUAAACCAUAUUGUCAGGCCAGUCAAUGUGCUACAUGAAUAACAAUUAUCUCAGGACAUUUGCUUUUCUGCUGUCCAAAGGUUAGCAGCAAAAUAAAAGGGAGUUAAUUGCUCAUGAAAUAAAACAAUAAUGAUUGUUUAAAAACUUUAAACACAAAAUACUUUGUCCAAGAUUUUCAGUCUGUGAUGAUUAUUUCCGCUGCCUGUCCAGAAAGUAGAUAUGAUGUUAUCCUGAUUUUAUUUAACAAGAAAAAAUUUAUGGAUGACUCUUCGGGUCUAAAUAGCAAACCAGCAAGCCUGCAGGAUCAUACACAUUUCACUGGACAGAUUCACAUUAGGUUAUCUGGAUUAAAAGUACAGUUUUAGAAAUAUUAUUUUCAAAAUAACAAAGGCAUAGCUGCAUUUUCUUUUGUAAAUAUUUAAGAGCUGUUAUUAGCUCAUUUUCGAUUACAAAUAUAUUAUUUCUGUGAACAAAUAUUAUUACAGUUUAUGACCUUUUAUUGGUUAACUCAGAAAAAUAAAUUACUAUUUGAAAUAUCUUUGAAAUAUAUUUGAAAAAAUCAACAGACUGAAUUGCUAUCGUGGAAUCAAUUAUAGUUUUAUAUUGGUGCAUUAAAUAUUGUUUACACGUUAUAUUUACGUAUACACUAUUAUGUGAUUAUAAAUAAAGUUAAUAUUGGCACUAAUAUAUUAUUCUUGUUUCUAUCGUUAAUCAUAAUAGAACAGAUCUGAAGUUUUUAACAUAGUGUGACAAGAAAUACACUCAGGCGUCUGGGUUACCACGCAAAAUCUCAUUUUUCAUGAAGACAAACAGAACAUAUAAAAACACGCCUAACGAAGACAGCAAAGUAUUUUGCCGUUUAAUACAAAUAUUCAGUGUUCUUUGAUUCGGAACAAAAGCUUACUUUUGAGUGCGAAGAUUCUGUUUUGUACAGGAAUCAUUUCAUACAGAUAAAUAUAAAUGGAUUCGACUGUGCACAGUGGUGUACAUUUCUUUUAAUGAUCAAACUAAAAGCAGCAGAGGUUAUCUUGGUAGAUUGCAAAAAAAGAGAGAUUACUUUAUGUCGAUAAUAAAGUUUGGAACAAUUUGUUUCCUUUCUUUCAAUUCGAAAAAAAAUCUUACAAGUGUAACUAAGGUAAUUAAUCUAUGUAUUUGAAUUAUUUACCUGUGUGAGCGUCUUAGUCACAACGAUUGCUACGUGUGUCCUCGCCGUGGGAAUGAGGUGAACGUGUAUCAUUUGAGCAAAAGAAAUUUGUGUCGUCCGUAGUUGUGACACAGCAGAGAAAAAGAUGCCGGUUGAUCAACAUGCAGUAUAAAACACAUUUUUCUUUGGCAAAAAGCGGGGUCUUUUGUAUAUUCCAAGGUAUGCUAAGUACGGGUGAAAAAGACAGGGAAGAACAAGAAAAGAAAAGACAGAAAAAAAAAGAAAACAUAAUGAAUGAGAAAGUCCAUCGGUCCGGCUACAAAAAAUAUAAUAUGUUAAUGAUCAUGAUGCAAAAUGCUUUAAUAUUUUGUACUAAGGACUUAAAUGUUGAAAACUUUUUCGAAAUAUUUUUAUUUCAAUGGUUUGCCCAGGAUGGAAGCAUUUAGCAAGAUUUUGCUUAAAUUGACAAGAAGAAUGAUUUUCAUGUUGUAAUUACUGCUGUAGAUUAAUAACAAGUAGGUCAAGACAGCCCAGCAUUUUCUGUUUUUUUAGUACUCGUUCAACUAACUUUUCAAACAGUGCAAGAGUAACAUCAUUAUUGUUUGUAGAAGACCUCAAGAACGGUUUGUUAUGACGAUGAUAAUAAUAAUUUUUUAAUGUCGCUAAGAUAAACCUUAACCCGACAUAUUUCUGCGUGCAUUGGAGAUGGUUGUUGUAGGUGUGUCUAUGAGGUUACAGCUGAUAAUCAUGAAAAUGCUUUUUGUGGUCCCGAAAGUUGGAAUUACUUCUAAUGUGUCCUUAUACGAAAAGCCGCACGUUCUUUCAGAAAUUACUACUGCUAUCAUUUGAAUCGUUUGACUGUUAAUGUUCUCAUCAUUAUUGUUUUCACCUGCUUUCUUACUCUUAUUGUUGCGAGUUGUGGUUGUGUGCGCACCCCUAAUGGUGUUCACCUUCUUUCAUUUAUUUAUAUAUUAAUAUAUACAAUAUCAAAAAUAUUUAUUGUUGUGUUUACUGUAAAGUGAAUUAACUGAUUCCCUUUUUGAUGAUGAGGGUGAGGAUGAUUGGGGUGGUAGCCGUUGUUAAAAUGUUCCAUAAGCAGACUUUUCACCCUUUUCUUCGUCAGUCCUUAGCUUUCUAUUAACCCUGGAGGUACCUGGUGGUGUAAAGCAGUUGCUAAGUGGGUGUCAGGAGUUGUUCACUCACUGGUCGGAGAAAGCCUUGAACUGAGAACCCUUUAUUUGAUCUAUGUCGGGUGUACUAGGCUACCUCCCAAAGCAAAUAAAGAACUGAGCACAAA